GGAUUUAAUUUAAGAAACCCAAUCGCCACACUGGGAGGGCGCUUUACUGUACCGUGUAGCAUUUGGCUAGUUGUAAUAGUAGGUUGUGGGACCUACAAAUGUCAUUGUGCAUGCAUGCAUAUUUUUCGGCGUAUUGCAUUGGUGAGGAUAUUGUUCUUUAAUGCAGUCAGCCGCCUCGUUGACGUUUUAAUACCGACUACAUUGUGCUGAGGUCGGGGCGGCGUUUCAGGUUUCCUAAGUGAACCCUGAGCUCAGUCGCUCGCGAUGGAAGGAGGAUCGUCCCAGGAAGGCGACCUGCUCACGGUGAAACACGAGGUCACGCACGCAAAUCUGACGGGACAUGUAGAGAGGGUCGGCAUAAAGAACUUCGAGCUGCUCAAGGUGCUCGGAACUGGAGCCUAUGGCAAGGUGUUCCUGGUGCGUAAGGUAAGCGGCCAUGACGCAGGGAAGCUGUACGCCAUGAAGGUGCUGAAGAAGGCCACCAUCGUGCAGAAGGCCAAGACGGCAGAGCACACGCGCACCGAGCGCCACGUCCUCGAGCACAUCCGCCAGUCGCCCUUCCUUGUCACCCUGCACUACGCCUUCCAGACCGACACCCAGCUGCACCUCAUCCUUGAUUACGUCAACGGUGGCGAGCUCUUCACACACCUGGUGCAGAGAGUGCGAUUCAAGGAGAAGGAGGUUGUUGUGUAUAGCGGGGAGAUCGUCCUGGCUCUAGAACACCUGCAUAAGCUGGGUAUCGUUUAUCGGGACCUGAAGCUGGAAAACAUCCUGAUGGACUCCAAUGGGCACAUUGUUCUCACAGACUUUGGGCUCAGCAAGGAGUUUGAUGAGGGCGGGAGGGCAUAUUCCGUCUGUGGUACCAUCGAGUACAUGGCCCCAGAGAUCGUGGCGGGGGGGGACAGCGGCCAUGAUAAGGCGGUGGAUUGGUGGAGUCUGGGGGUGCUGAUGUACGAGCUGUUGACUGGCGGAUCGCCCUUCACGGUGGACGGUGACACCAACUCCCACGCUGCCAUCUCCAAGAGGAUACUGAAAACCGAGCCUCCUUUCCCCAAGGACAUAGGGCCCUUGGCUAGAGACAUCAUCCAGCGCCUCCUUGCUAAGGACCCCAAGAAGAGGCUGGGCUCUGGGCCCUCGGGGGCUGAGGAUGUGCAGAAGCACGCCUUCUAUCAGAAGAUAAACUGGGAGGAUUUGGCAGCCAAGAACGUUCCGGCACCUUUCAAGCCGGUGAUCCGGGACGAGCUGGAUGUCAGUAACUUUGCGGAGGAGUUCACCGAGAUGGACCCCACCUAUUCCCCUGCGGCCCCUCCCCAGAACUGCGACCGCAUCUUUAAGGGAUACUCCUUCAUGGCGCCGUCCAUCCUAUUCAAGCCCAACGCUGUGGUGGGCGAUCUCUCUGAGCUGUGCAAGGGGUUGGAGCGGCCCGGCUCUGCAGCUGUGGCCAGGAGUGCCAUGGUGAAGGACUCGCCGUUUUACAUGAACUACGAGCUGAGCCUGAAGGACAGCCCCCUGGGGGAGGGCAGUUUCUCCAUAUGCAGGAAGUGCACCCACAAGCGGACAGGCCUCAUCUACGCCGUCAAGAUCGUCAGCAAGAGGAUGGAAGUUCAGACCCAGAACGAGAUAGCCGCUCUGAAGCUCUGUGACGGCCACCCCAACGUCGUAAAGUGCCACGAGGUCUAUCACGACCAGCUGCACACCUAUCUGGUCCUGGAGCUGCUCCAGGGCGGGGAGCUCCUGGAUCGCAUCCGGCGCAAGCGGCUUUUCAGCGAGACUGAGGCCAGCCGCAUCAUGCGCAAGCUGGUGUCUGCCGUCAGCCACAUGCACGACGUGGGCGUGGUGCACCGCGACCUCAAGCCUGAGAACCUGCUAUUCAUGGACGAGAGCGAGGCCUCGGAAAUAAAGAUCAUCGACUUUGGCUUCGCCAGACUCAAACCUCCAGAUAACCAGCUCCUGAAGACGCCGUGCUUCACCUUGCAGUACGCCGCGCCCGAGAUCCUCAAAUACGACGGCUACGACGAGUCAUGUGACCUGUGGAGCCUAGGCGUCAUCCUGUACACGAUGCUGUCAGGGCAGGUGCCCUUUCAGAGCAGAGAGAAGAGCCUCACCCACACCAGUGCUGAGGAGAUCAUGAAGAAGAUCAAGCAGGGCGACUUCUCCUUCGACGGGGAGGCCUGGAGGAAUGUGUCCCAGCAGGCCAAGGACUUAAUACAAGAGUUGUUGACGGUGGACCCCAGCAAGCGCAUCAAGAUGUGCGACCUGCGCUAUAACGCCUGGCUGCAGGCGGACAGCCAGCUGUCCUCCAACCCGCUGAUGACCCCCGACAUCCUGGGCUCCACAGCCGCAUCUGUGCACACCUGCAUCAAGGCCACCUUCCAUGCUUUCGGUAAGUGUAAGAGGGAGGGUUUCCGGCUGCAGACAGUCGACAAGGCCCCGCUGGCCAAGAGGAGGAAGAUGAAGAAGACCAGCACUGGCACCGAGACCCGCAGCAGCUCCAGCUCCUCUUCGUCAUCCUGCUCGCAGUCGCGAGACAAGACGCCCCCACCCGGUGAGGCCCGCGUAACGCCCGUGGGCACACUGCCCCCUCCCGACACGGACGGCGGGAAAGCUGCCAUGUGUCCUACCUCACCGUCAAUAUGCCCCCUUUCAGAUUGACCCUGUUAGGGUGGAAGUGGGGGGGGCAUAAGCUGAGCUGGAGUAUGCACAUGCAUGCCCCCCCCCCCCCCCCCCCCACUGGCAUAGAUACUGAGACCUGCUCUGAAUGAACCCAGUGAUGUGGGAGUGAUCUGAUGCAUGCUGGGCCUGCUGCCCUUUAUAAACAGCAAUAAAUGAGCUCACCCCGGGAUCGGUGGACACCCGGAGUAGGGCCGCCCCCUGCUGGCCGCCCGUAAACAGUAUGGCAGAAGGUGGCUCCUGGACCGCAGUUUUGAGCUUUUUGGGAAGGACGGCAAGUGAAGUUUCGCUCCUGCUCCUUUACAGCCAUGUUUGACUCUUCACUUUCCAAGUCAGGACCUUGUCUGAUUUGUAAUGAGAUGUAUAAGCAUAGUAUUUUGUAAAUGUAGAUGGAAUUAAUAUAUUUAUACAUAUAACUAUAAGACCUAUCGGUUUAACACAUCAAUGCAACAACUCAACAACUGGAGCAGCUUUCCUGUGGCUGAAUGAUAGCAGUGUGGCCCAUUGGGGCUCAGUGCACAACUGGUUCAUUCUUGAGAUUUGGCUAUUAAUCUGUUAAUCUUUACAGAUUCCAUCUAACGACGUGCUUUAGGGCAUCACAUCUGGUUCCUGCUUUUCCCUCUGAGCUGCAUGUAAACGCUGUUUCUGUGUCGGUGCAGUGUUGUAGUGGAGGGCCUGGCGAUUUCUUUGGUUACGGCAGAGGUGACCGGUCCCCUUGCAGCGAAAGACUUCGCCUUUAAAGUCAAAUUCUGGAUUUUCUACGCUCUGCGUGUGAGCAGAUUCGUGGAAGCAGCUCCUAGGACCAUGGUGACCUGCAGUUGGGUGCCAUGAGGGAAAUCAGCUUGUUGAUCACAUACGGCAUAUGUGUAAUUAUUUUUCUGUUGGUGGGGAUGGACUUGGGAACCAGAGAAGUUGAAAUGGGAGGUAAAACGAGGUAAAAAUGUGAUUACAACUGUGUGUGACACUAUUAUGAAUGGGAUUAAGCUUUUAAUGGGAGGCCUCGCAGAUUUUAUACACUGUUAUUGUCCACACAUGGGUCAUAUCGCUGAUAAACUGUUCACACCCACAGUUUCUACUGUCCAUUUUGGCUAUUUGGAAUCAGCCGAUGAAUAUAGACAAGCACGGGACUUGUUGUGGGUUAAGUCCCAGUAGGUUGGGGUUGGUGUCGUUUGGGGGUGCUGGAAUGUGAUUGCGAUUUUAGGGGUGUGGGGUAGGCUGACCAGCCUGUGCUUGUAGCAUCGCUUACAGCUAAGAGAGACCAGAGCAACGCUUCUCUUUGAUACCUCAUACGAAGCCUGGACUCGAUCCUGAAUUCACGAGUCUCUGUGGUCUUCAGCUUCGUUUUCGAUCUCUGUUAGCCGAAGCAAAAAGAGGGCGAUGCUGAGGGUGAGCGUGCUGGCUCCUCGGCAUCGCAGCCUGAGUGCCGGUGUUUGCCUUACUCACUUUUGCCAUGCAUUUUUAUUUUUUAAUCUGUAGGAAAUGUUAAACCCCACUCAGGGUGAUUGGACACCCCUGUGAUAAUUAUGAUGUGAUAAUUAUUGCUGGGGUAAGAUGGAAAAGAAAUUUUGUUCCUUUUUUUAAAUUGUUAGAAGUGUAAGUGGAAGAACUUUAGGAUUAUAAUUGGCGUAAUUUUCAUUUAAUUACCAUCUUAACAGUCUACACUGUGCCCUUCUUCGCAGGGUGAUGGUGGAAUUGAGCUGUAAUCUAAUCAAAGGUACCACUCGAGAUAUAAUGGUGGAUAGCUUAUCGCUCAAGCAAUAAUGUACAUUAUAGGAUUGCCGCAAUGGUGUGAACUCUCUGUGUUAUUCCUGCAUUCUCAUAGUAGCUGCAGAAAUACACCAGACGUUGAACGGUACGGAUUGCUGGCCAAGGUAUAGUCUGCGUCACCUCAUCUUAAACCUUUAACAGUGAAAUUUGCAAAAAAAAAAGUGAAACUAAUUGACAGUGUUUGAGGCAGCUUACUUGCAUGUCCAUCCUAUGCACUCCUGUGACAUCGCUAUUCAGUCGGAUAGUAAUUAGCAGGAAGUACUUUUAUUUUUUAAAAAGCGGCGUUUGUGGCCACUAAUCUCAGCGGUGCAGCAGUCAUCCUACAUGUGUGUGUGUGUGUGUGUGUGUGUGUGUGUGUGUAUUCGUUGUAUUCAGCCGUACAGUUCAAGCUCUUUUGCCUGACCACCAGGGACAAACGUUAACAAAACGUGUUUAGAGGGUUAGGGGUAUUUAAGAAACUACUUUUCUGACGUUGCACUUUGUUGAGGGAUACCAUGACUGUAUUUUAAGAUAGGAGCAAGGGUUUAUAUUUAGUCUCUCUUGGCAGAGAACAAAAGAUUUUUGAAAGAAUUUUAGCCAUACAUUUAUUUAAUGUUUUUAUAUAGCUAUUUGUCUGUGCAGCUCUUUCCUAGCCUCAGUCUAUAGUGUUUUAAAAUUUGCAUUCUCAGAUCAAUAUUGUUCCCCCAUUGUGAGUUUUAUUAACAUUUGGAGAAACUUGGUCAGACGGUGUGAAAUGUCCCCCGUUACCUGCUCCUCUGUCCCUUGUGUUCGGUCCUCGUACCCGUGUUUGGGCAUCGCCAGCAGUGAGUGUUUUUGCAGCCCCCCAGCAGUUACCUUGACAGACUGCAGAGUUCCUAUGCAGGGCUGGACUGGGAUUAAAAGCGCCCAGUACGCCAGAUGGCCAGUCCCGUUUCACUGCGGUCUGUCUGCGGUAUUUUAGGCCAGCGUAAAUGCCCAGUCGUGCUCCAAGGAGGUGCCCUCCAUUGUCCUGUAACAAGAGUAACGUAAAGGCCUGUAAUAUUAUUAACUGCAUUUCUGUUGGAACUAUUUCAGUUAAGUGCUACUACAGAAUUUUUUUUAUUUUGACUCUGAGAAAAUCCUUAUUUGCGAGAGCUUUUAUUGGGCAGCAUGUGUUGGUGUUUUGUUGUUUUAUCUCUAUCUACUAAAACAAAAAAGCAGUGAAUGAGAUUGCAGACACCUUCCUUUUUGGGGUAUUUUCCACAGAUUGCUUGUCAAGAAUGUUUCUCUCAUUCAUUGGUUAAAAGCAGACAGUGUGUCCGCCUGGUGCAGCACCUUAGCACGGUGUUUAUUUGUCACGGCACACUUUCCCGGCACACCGGGUGAAAAACGCUGCUUUCGGAGACACAUUGAUUGAUGCAAUAAUAUUUAAUGAAACCCCAAUGGCUGCCUGCCAGUUUUUCUUAUUAUGUCAAAACUCAAUGGAUGUCAGUUCCUAUAUGGGAAGUCGUUAUAAAUUGAAUAAUUAUUGUCCCAUUCGCUGCGUGGUGAAAUGACUGAUAGUCGGUACUGUUCUUGCCACAGUUUGAUAUCCAGAAAACAUCGCUUCAGAUCGGGCCAUAGUUGCCUGGUAGUUUUGUUUCGGAUAUUGCGUAUGCUAUUUUGGUUUCAUUCGACCUUUGCAAAUACCUGUCUAAGGCCACAUGCAAUAUCGGUUGUUUUUGGAAGAACAAGAAAUUUCUGGGUGUGUCGCUCGGCAGCCGAAAGCGAAGGAGCUCAGCAGGCCAAAUGUUUGCACUUUGGCUUUUUACAGAAUCCCUCCUUUCGGCUAUUAGUGUGCUCUCUGUGGGGUGUUUCAUGUGGUGAUUACACAGAGGAAAUUCUAGGUAAAAGAGCUUUAAAUAAUGGAUUUCCAAAUUAUACCAAUUAAACUUUUGAUAUUCUAGCUGGACUAGGAAUAUUCUUGUAUUGACAUAUAAAAUUUUGCAUGUAGCGUACGGCUACUCUGGUACCAAACUAAAACAUGGUGUCUGUCCCAUGAUGUUGUACAUAUGGUCCGUAAAGCGUAAUUUUUGAACAAAAUUCAGCAUCUUCAGUAUUCUAAUUGUAAUGAGUGGUUUUGAAAAAUGUGGGUUUAUAUAUGGCUUUAUUUAAAUAUUUAAAGGGACGGUGAGUAUUUUUUUUUUAAAGACAUAGACAAAAAGAUGGAAGUUUUGUCAUGGUUUACAGCAAUGUUUCCCAAUCCAGUCCUUGGGGACCCACAAACAGUCCACAUUUUGCUCCCUUCCAGCUCACAGAUAGAGCAGCAAAAAUGUGGACUGUCUAGCAGUGAGCUUGGAGAGAGCAAAAUUGCGGACUGACUGUGGGUCCCCGUGGACUGGACUUUGAAACACUGGUUUAGGGAGCUAAAUCAGCUCUUGAUGUGUUGUACAUUUGGUGUGUUUAAUAUCCCCGACAUGUCUUUGGAGCCUAAUGAUAUUCCUUGCUUUUCUCGUUCAUUCAGUGUUUAAAAUGUUUGUGGGUGGGAUACUAAUGUGAUCAUGUUAAGGGCUGAAAUAUUUUGAAACCUUGAAAAAAAUAACAACCAGUACUGUAUCUUAAUGUUAAAUAAAAUGUAUCAUAUUUAUGGAAAUAA